UUCAUGCUAGAAACAACUCCUUAUGUACUGGUGUGACUUCCUGGAGGGAGCUACAGGGUGCUGUAGGGAUGGCGCUGCUUCAUCUCCCCUUCAUCCAGAGUCUUCUGAUGCUAGGAGACUUCAAGGUGCUGCUAGUAGAGUGUAUGAAUGCUCCCGAACUGGCCCCAUGCUGUUGCAGUCAGUGGGGCAAGCAGCUGGUAAAGCAAGGGGAGGGGAUGAACUAACUCCAGUGCUGAUCAGGGAGCAGCACUUGUCAUGGUAGCUGUAUUGGGAAAAGGAUGGCUCGCUGGCCUGUUUUGGUUCAUUAAUAUCUAUGUAAGGUUGCAUUUCUCCUUUGUACUGGGACGUCAAGGCUGUAACUGAGGGAAUGGUUGGAGUCAGCUAAGCUUUUGUUGUCGGUGGGGACAGAGAUGCUAAACAGUCUGAUUUUAGGUCCUCUAUGACUCCUAGUGAACCUGCAGUAAGAAAGGAUUUCAGGAGAUCCCCAGGCCAAAUUCCUGCUUGUGGGGCAAAAACUACCAUUAGAGCAGGUUGCUCAGGGCCUUCUUUGAUUGUCCUUGGGGAUACCCUUAAUUCAGAAAUCCCCUCACCUCCCUGGGCCUGAAAGGAAUCUGUAUCUCUUUGUGUACUUUGCCACAGGGACUGGAGUGAGGACAGGGGUGAGGAGAUUGUGGUGAACUCAGCCUCUGAUUUUGUGUAUUUCUGAGUUGCAACUUUCCUUCAAGUUCAAGGCACCAAGUGUGAGAAGGACCUGCUAUUCCCUCAACAGUUGCAGGAGAUGCCAGAGGGCCCAUCAGUGAGGAAGUUCCAGCUGCUGACCUCCCCUUUUGUGGGACAAGUGGUGGCCAAGGUGGGGGGAAGCAGCCAGAAGAUCAGUGUGAAUGACCUGAAUGCUCUGAGGCUCCAGGACUCUCAGGUUCAUGGGAAGAACUUGUACUUGGCAUUUGUGGCAGCUGAAGGUCCCUUAGGACCAACUGCAGAAGAGACAGUGCUGCAAAGCGAGGCUGCUAGUGGGGCAAGUUCUCCUGCUCAGGAAGGGCAAGAACAGGUUUGUGCUCCGCAGACACAUCCCCAGGAUGAGGAGCUGCAGGAACUCCAGCCCUCAAGACCUGAAGUGCCAGAUGCAGCAGAGGGUCCAGGCAACUGGCUGCGCUUCCACUUUGGCUUGUUUGGCAGCGUUCGGGCAAAUGAGUUCUCAAGAGCAAAGAAAGCCAAUAAGAGGGGAGACUGGAAGGACCCUGUACCCAGGCUGGUUCUGCACUUUGAGAGUGGAGGCUUCCUUGUUUUCUACAAUUGCCGAAUGCACUGGUGCUCCUCUCCGAGGGCGAAUCCUGCUUCUGACAUCCUGUCUGUGGAGUUCCACCGUGGCCAGGCACUGGAUGCCCUCCGUGCACCCAAUCCCAUCUGCUACACCCUCUUAGACCAAAGAUAUUUUUCAGGGCUGGGGAACAUCAUUAAGAAUGAGAUCUUGUACCUGGCCAAGAUCCAUCCGUUAACACAAGGCUCUCUCUUGGCGCACUCAGAUCUGGAGCAUCUGCUUGACUAUGCCAUUCAGUUUAGCUUUGACUGGCUGCACAGCAAGCUGCAUGACAAAAGGCUGCAUCUUCAGAUCUACCAGAAGGAGCAGUGUCCCCUCGGGCAUACAGUGAUGAAAGGAACCCUUGGACCCUCAAAUAGCUUUAAGAGACUCACAUGGUGGUGUCCUCGGUGCCAGCCUGCAGUGCUGUCAGGGGACAGGGAUCUUUCCCCAGUCACUGAGUGACCUGGCUUAGUGUUCCUCCUUUCCUGGAGAGUGUCUAGGUGGUCUCUGAACUAUGCUCUUAGUUGUCCUGAGAAGGUUUUCAUGGUUUCUUUUGAGGCUGUUGAGUUUGCUCCUUAGGGACAGUGAGUUGGCAGAGUUAAGUGCUUAGUGGAAGUCACAAGAAUCACUGCAGUACUGUGUGCCCCUGGGUGCAAAAAGGGAAGCAGUGGUACAUGCCUACUCUUUUUGUCACAAUGAUGCAACAGUGCAAAUGGUUUGACCAGUUCUGAGGAGUCCUGGUCAGCCUGUUCAGACUACAGUAAAUGGAAAGCAUAGGGUGUUGAGGAGACAAUUACUGUGGUCUGAAGUGAGCUUAUCCCUUGACCCUGGUGUGGUAGAGUUUGUAGAAAGGAGUAUAUCCCUCUGCCUAAAUAACUUGGUAUUAGAUAACCCUGCCUCUGCUUGUAGCUGAAUACCUGUGUGCUGGGCUGCAAUUAGGUGUGGUUAAAAGUAAGAGCUGUUCCUUCUGUCAGCUCUUACAGGAACAGCUGCUUCCUCUUGAGGGGAGAAAAUAAACCUCAGUAGUGCUUGAUGGAGCUCAUCUCUGCCCCCACAGGUUUCAGUUCUGUGACAAACUUCCAAUUCCAGAUUUUGCUGUUGAACACAGUAUUUUUACUUUUUUUUAUGAUGGAGAUUGCAUAAAACUCAUGAUCUCCAAGGUAACUUGAAAGCAGAAAGCCUUGGAAACAGAGAUGAUGUGGUCCCUCCUUUGUUGAGCUGUGUGUGUCUAUGCAGUAGGCAGGAUCUGUUGUUGUCCUCUCUCCCAGGAUCUGGAUUUAUUUGAACAGACUGUUGACUUCUGUGAAAAAUAAAAGCUGGAGUUAGAACUGCUGGU